AUGAAAUGUACAAAUGUAAAUAUAAGAAAUGUAUUAGAAUGGAACAUAAAAAAAAAAAUAAAAGAAAAUACAAAUUUAAGUGAUGAUGAAAUUAUGAUAAUUUAUAAAAGAUUUAAUUCUAUUAGUAAUAAUGGAAAGUUAAAUUAUGACAAAUUUGAAAAAAGUCUAGGGAUACUUGGUACAAUAAAAAAUGCAUAUUUAUAUCAAUCAAUAUUUAAAGCUUUUGAUUUAAAUAAUGAUAAUUAUCUAGAUUUUUAUGAAUUUUGCGUUGCUAUUAAUACUAUGUUAAAAGGAAGUAAAAAAGACAAAUUGAAAUUAUCUUACAGAAUAGUACACUCAGGAUUUAGUAAUAAUAAUAAUAGUUUGAAUUCCAAUAAUAUUAAUGAAAAUAAUUUAAAUAAUGAAAAAAAAAAUGAUCAGAAUAAUGUAGGUAAUGAUGAUAAAACAAUAUACAAUAACAACAAUGAUAAGGAGAAAGAAGAAGAAAAAAAAAAAAAAAGUGAUUAUACAAAUUAUAUUACUUACGAAGAUUUUGAGAAAAUUGUUUUAAGUAUAAAUGAUAUUAAAAAAAAAUUAUUGGGAACUAAAGAAGAAAUAAUAACCAGUCAAAUUAAGUAUAUUUUUAAAUCAUUAAGUAUUUUAUGUGAAGAUGGGACUUUUAGAAUGAAUUUGGAGUGCUAUAAAAGAGCUAUGAAAUGUAAUGAAUUUUUAAAUUUAUUAGGUAUACAUACAAAAGUAGCUGAUGUUUUUUUACGAAAUGAAAUAAUGAAAAAAAAAAAAAGUAAAAAUGAAAAAAAUAAAAAAAAAAAACAGGAAUUGUUCUCUUCUGGUAAUAAUAAAUCUGAAAAAAAAAAAACGUAUAAGCAACUAAUAAGAUCUUUUUCUGAAACAACUAAUAGAAGAAGAUCUCUUUUGAAAAGAUCUAAUCAUUUAUUUUUAAAAAGAAAAAAAAAAAAAAAAAAAAAAACAUAUGAAAAAAAAGGUAGUAUAUCGUCUAAUGAAAGUAAAAAAAAAAAUAUUAGUAUAAAUACUGAUUUAUCAUAUAUAAAUAUUCUUCAACGCGAAAAGAAUAAAACAAAUAAUAGUAAUGAUUUCACGUUGAAAAAAGAAAAAAAUAUUACCAAAAAUAAAUUUUCUUAUUUGAAAAAAGCGUUUCAGAAUAAUACUGGAAAAAGUGAAAUUAACAUAAAAAUGUUCUCUAACAGUAAAAGUAAUAAAAGUAUAAAUAAUAAAAACAAUGAUAAUAAUAAUAAUAGUGAUAUUAAGAAGAGUUAUACUAAUUUUUUUGAGUGUAAUUUCAUUAGUAAUGAAGACAAUAUAAAAACAAAAAAAAUUAAUGAUAUAAAAUUAAAAAAUAAAAAUGAAAAUUGUAAAGAUACAAAAAUACCUUCAGGUAAUUUUUUUUAUUCUAAUUCACAGGAAGAAUAUAAUACUACUGAUAGCAAUAUUCUUAAUACCAAUCAUUUGUUAUUAAAAAAUAAAAGAGAGAUAAAAAAUAAUCCAAAAAAAAAAGGAAAAACAAAUUUUGAGGAAAACGAGAGAAUAUUUUUCAGUAGUAAUAAUAGUACCCUUCAUAAAGGAAGUAAUAAAAAAAAAAAGGAAGAUUCAAAUAAUUUAAUAAAAAACAUAAAAGAAAAAAGUAUUAAUAAUGAAAUGUGUACGAAAAAUAGCUCAUCAACUUUAAAAAAGACAAAUAGUCUAUUUGAUAAUAAAAAAGAUAAAAAAAAUUCUAAAUUAAUUAAUCAAAACAUUAUGCUGAAAUUAAAUAGCAACCAUUCUGAAAGUAGUAAAUCAAUUUAUGAAUAUCAUUCUGAUAUGGAAGUUCUAAACAGAAGAAGAGAAUAUAGAACUAAUAACAUUAGUUUAUAUAACACAAAAGAUUCAUUAUUUCCUCUAAAAAAGGAAGGAGAUAGAAAGUAUAAAAAUGAAGAAAAAAAAAAAGGUAAAAAAGAGGAUGAAAAAAAAAAAGAUAAAAAAAGAGGAAAAGAAAAGGAAAAAGAUAAAAACAAAAACAUAGAUAAAUAUAAAGAAAAAAAUAUAUAUGGAGAUAUAAUAAUGAACAAAAAAAAUAAGUAUAAAACAAGUAGUGAUAAAGAUUUUAUUCUUAAAAAGGAAAAUUCAAUUAUAAAAAAGGAAGAAAAAAAAGUAAAAAAAAAUGAAAAAGAACAUGAAGAAAAACAAAAUCAAGAAGAAAGAAAUUUAAAUAAAAUGAAAUGCACAUACCUAAAUGAUGAAAUAAAAAGUGGAAUCAUUAAUUUCGAAAAAAAGGAGGAAAACAAGAAAUAUGUAGAGUAUUAUCAUAAACAUUUAGAGAGAUAUAAAAAAUAUGUAGAAGAAAGAGAAGAUAUGGAAGAUAAGGAAGAAUAUUUAGAUGAACAAGAGGAAUGUUUUGAAGAAAGAGAUAACGUCAUAGAAGAAAAAGAAUUUUUAGAAAAAAACUUUGAUUACUAUAAUAAUGAUUUUUAUUUCUAUAACGAAAAAAUUUUAAAUAAUAGUGAAAGUAAUUUAAGUAGUAGGAAUUAUUUAUACAACAAAUUUUUAGAAUAUAAAGAUUUUAUAAAAUAUUCAAAAUUAUCCAUUUCAUAUAAUUCAUUAAUAUCUGAUAGUUAUAAUAGAAAUGAAGAAUAUUUUAAUAUUUACUUUGAUACGGAAAGUAAUGAAAUAAAUUCCCAAAAAAAAAAAUGUUCUUCAAGUACAGAAUUCAGCGAUGAUAUAAUAAAUAAAAAGUUUUUUAUACCUGGCGCAAAAUCUCAUUAUGUUACGAUCAACAGCAAUUUAACAAAAGAACAAGUUAUGUACUUAAUUAGAAAUACUCUAUUAGCAAUUGAAGAAUAUUUAAAAGAAAGAAACGGAGAUUAUAAUAAAAUCUUUUUUUUAUUUUUUGCUAUAUUCUUCUAUAAUACGCAAAAUGAUCUAGAAGAAAAUGAAAUAACUAAUGAACAAAUAAAUUCAAAAAAAAGUAAAAUGGAGAUUUUUCAAAAUGUCUUUUUAGUUAUAUCAAUAAUAAGAUAUUUUCUUCACACUAUAACCAUUUCUCAAAAGUAUACUUCUUCGUGCGAUUCUUUGGAUGAAAACUAUACAAACAAGGAUAUUAAUUCUUUAAAAUUAAAUGAAGUAAAAAUGCUAUUAAAUCAAGCAAAUGAAAUUUUAGAUAAAUAUUCGAAAGGAAAUCAUAAAAACAAAAAAAUUUAUAUAAAUAAGUCGAAUUACUAUAAUUUUCCAAAAAAAGGAAAAUUAUCAGUAUCAUUGCGUCAAAGUAGACAAAAAAAAACAUUUCACAAAAUUUUGGCAGUUUAUUUUGGUCAUGAAAGAUGGGAUUUGGUGAUGAAUAUGAUGGUUGGAAUUCGAAUUUCUGCAAUAAAGCAAUUUAAUGUAAAUGAUAUUUCAAAUCAUUUUGAACAUAAAGACAUUUUGGAAUUACCUACAACACAUGCUCAAAAAAAAGUACUCUUUAAAAAUUACGCGCCAAUUAUUUUUAAAAAUAUCAGAAACUAUUAUGGAAUUAAAUCAAAUGAAUAUUUAACUUCUGUUGGCCCUGAACAAGUUAUAAGUAACAUGGUUUUAGGAAACUUGUCAACUCUUAGUGAAUUAUUAUCUGAAGGGAAAAGUGGAUCCCUUUUCUAUUUUACAAGCAAUGGAAAAUAUAUCAUUAAAACUGUAUGCAAAAGUACAUAUAAAUUAUCAAAAGCAUUGUUGCCAAAAUAUUAUGAACAUAUCAGAAAAAAUCCAGAUUCCCUUUUAACUCGUUUAUAUGGAAUACAUUCAAUUAAAUACGAAAAUGACUCUAAAAAUGGAAGAAAGAAAACAUAUUUUAUUGUAAUGAAUAAUUUUUUCUCAUCAGUUGUAGAAAUACAUAGAAGAUAUGACAUUAAAGGAAGCUUGGUAGGUAGAACAGUACCAUUAUCAAAAAGAGAAGAUCACACCAUCGCAUUAAAAGAUGUAGAUAUCGACGAGUUAGGUGAUAUAAUAAAUAUUGGUUCAAAAAAUAAGGAAAGAUUACAAAAUGUAUUAAAAUCUGAUACAAAAUUUUUAAAAGAAAACUUCAUAUUAGACUAUUCUUUACUUUUUGGUAUACAUUAUAAAGAGUUAUCCAAAGAUUUGGUUAAUUGGGAUAAAAGUAAAGCAAAUGAAAUUCAUCACAUUUAUGAUGAAAAAGGAAAUUGCAUAGCAUCGAAACCUUUUCAUCAGUGUGAUCAUGGUGGUAUUAUUAAUGUAGAUAAAAAUAGAAUUUUCUUUUUUGGAAUUAUAGAUAUUUUUACUAGAUGGAGCCUAAAAAAAAAAUUUGAGCAUACAUUUAGAACUUUACAGAAAUUAGAUGGGAAAAACAUUUCGUGUAUCCAUCCUAAUGCUUAUGCAAAAAGGUUUGUCACAUUUAUUGAAAAUCAUAUGGAAUAA